AUGUCGGACCUGUCGUCGUGGCAUCGACCUGUGGGUUCCACUACACAGUCGACAGCACCCGCCACACCGUUGGACCCAGCUUGGGAUUCUGAAUUCCAGCCCUGUGCUUCAACAGCAUCAUUGUUUCUCUUUUCACAAGGCUCGGUCAUUCUUUGCCUGCACCAUGACACUUUAGCGAUUGAACGUCGAUUUACACUCCAUGAAGAGAGGAUCGCAUUUAUAUGUGUCGACAAUGUUAGUGAAAGGGGUGCCGGCCGACUGGUGGUCAGCUACGACUUUGCUCAAACAGCUAUCGUAUGGGAUCUCUUCACUGGAAGUGAAAUAUCGCGGUUUGCUUCAUACGAGCCUCUUCGAGUAGCAGCCUGGAUGCGGAAUGGGAAUGUGGCUUUUGGCAAUGGCAAGGGUGAUGUUAUACUGUUUGAACCUUCCACUUCCGAACACCUGUCAGCUCGCACGAUUUUUGACCCUAUAACCUCCCUGGCCCCAUCCGCAGACUGUCGGACAUAUGCAAUUGGAUAUCAAAAUGGCUCGAUUCUUAUAGCAACGCUGCACCCCGCAUUCACGAUCCUCCAUACUCUUUCUACAAGCCGCGGUCCGUCUCCAAUAGUAUGUCUCGCCUGGCAUGCAUCGUCGUCGAAACAAAAAUCGGAUAUGCUCGCUACACAAACCUUGGAUGGCGAUCUUCGAGUAUGGAGUGUGGCAAAGGCACCAUUGAACGAAUCUCCUCGAGUUAUCCGUGCAUUAAAACGUACAGAACCUUACUCGACGGGCCCGAAGUGGAUUGCUUGGUCCAAGAAUGGUAGAAUCGUACAAUAUUCAGACAGGGAAACUUGGGUAUGGGAUGUCAGAACCAAACAUGUCACGUAUGUAACUAUCCCCACGAUCGAGGAUGUACUUGGUAUGGCCAAUUACGGCCCAACUGCGACUCUCUUUACUCUUGGUCCCAACAAUACCGUCCAGCAAUAUGAUUUGGAAAAUCCAGCCAUGGUCAAGAAUGUUAGGCAUCUUCCGAUGGAUCAGAUAGCUCUUGUGGAAGAGUCAAAAGUGAGACCGAUGUCGCCAAGUUACUUUUCAAGGAGCGGGACUCGAAGUGCCCAGGGGUUCCGAGGGCCUGAAGUGUCAAUCCAAGAGCUUGCUAGUCAGCAGCGAGCAGCCACCGCCAGUCCGAUGUCAGCUAGGAGCCGUACUAACUCAAUCAGCUCCCAUGCUUCAUCUGGACGUGUCCGGCCUUUCUCUCCUGUCAACAAAUCAACCUAUAGUGGGACGACCUUUUCCAUGACCUCGCCUCUGGGCCGUCUGCCUUCCCAAUCAGGUACCUCGAUUGCAUACGGUUCUACUGCAUCAGUCUCUUCUGUCCGCUCCCGGGGUGGCUCACGACUUCGCAACGAAAUUACCCAGAGUCCUGUCGACAAACCUUUGGUCGAUCUCUUCCCAUUUACGAGAGAGCGAGUCAAUGAAGUCUCGUAUAUGCAACAGUUGCCGCCGCUUGAUGAAUCUCGCCUAACACCUGAAGCACUGCGACAACAGAUGCUUCGUGUUGUUUUUGGAUGGGAGGGAGAUAUUGAAGGCUUAAUUCGGGACGAGUUGAGUCGACAUCCCCCGGCCAGUCAAAAUGCGAUAUUCCUUUCACGUUGGUUGGGCGAAAACGAUCCAAUGCAAAUGAUGGCUAUGCUUAGUUCAGGGCCCGUGAAUUCUUCUGCGUGGAUGUUCCUAGCUCUCAGUCAAAUGGGUGGUGAAGAGCAAGCCAACAAGGUCGGCCAAAGUUUCGUUCAGAGGUUACUGGAGAUUGGCGAUAUUCAUGCUUCUGCCACAAUUCUCCUUGCUCUUGGGGACCGUAAUGACGCGAUUGAGGUCUAUGUGUCGCGCAACUACUACAUGGAAGCCAUUCUCAUGACCUGCCUCCUCCUACCAAAUGAUUGGCAGCGACAGUCAUACCUUGUUCGUCGAUGGGGCGAGCAUGUGGUAUCGAAUGCUCAACAGCAACUGGCAAUUCGAUGCUUCAUGUGUACAGGAGCAGAACCCUCAGAGCCAUGGAUGUCCCCUACAGCGCCUAACGCACCGUAUCGCGAGCUUCAUGUUGCCUCUCCCGUCUCCGAACCACCGCCAAAACCGGUUGAUCAAAUGCUGAAGCCUGAAUCUGCCAAUCGAAUGACCGUGAAGAAUUCAGCACUCAAACUUAUUACUUCUUUCGGGCCCCAGGGUAAUCAGGCCUUCAAAUUCCCCGGCCUCAAGUCAGAUGAUCGCACUCCAACCAACGCACCUGGUAUCACGCCCAUUGCUGAAUCGGCCGUAGGAGAGUCUGCGCUUUCGCCAGGAGGCCUCGGAUCGUACAGACUCAACAAUGCGCGCAGUCUCAAUAACGCAUUAUCUAGAGUUGGAACACCUAGUCAUGCGCACCGACAUCGAUUACCUUCAAUAGGUGAAACUCCUGUGGACGUGCAUCCUCCCAACUUCCCUCCAAGGUCUCUUCCCACGCCAGUCGAUUCAAGUUCCGAGAAAGGGAAGCGCAACAUAUCUCAAUCUGAUCCCAACGAAUCUAGCGACAAUAACGACGCACCCAUACUGUUAUUAUCUUCGGCGCGCUACGAACCAGCAAAGGACAGUCAUGGCCCGAGUCCGCAAACAGCCGUGCAGACAGGAGCAAACAAGUUCGAAAAUAUUAAGGGUCUUCCAUCUCCUGCUGCAGGUGUUUUCGAGACGCUCAAGGGUCAAGCUGCGGCCAGAAACGGUUCUCGCGACCGCAAGCCAGAAGGCCUCCAUAUUCAAUGGCCACCAGUCGAUACAUCUGAGUCCGAGGCUGGGCCAUACACAGGCGGGACCGGUGGUGGAACUCCAAGUUCAGUGUUCCAGAGCUUACGGUCCACCAAGAGUCCCAGUGUCAGCAGCCGCAGUAUUGAUCAGUAUAUCAGCAGCCUAGACGAGGCUAACUACUAUGCCAAUGUCCAUCGUCCUCAUACAAAGACUCGACGACAUGAAGCAGGCAGUGAGCACGGCAAGAAGAGUUCUAGGAAUGGUUCUGUAGACUCUCGUGGACGGGCAACCAACCGGUACAUUGCCCCUGCCAAGCGUUCACCAUCUUCCCCUGUUCCAAUGUCUCCAGAAGAGUUUGCAAAAUAUAAUGCUAGUGUGGAAAGCCUCAGCGCAGAGAUCACAAAGCGUCGUAGUAGGAGUCAUACAAAGGGCAGCUCUCGUGUUCGCGCCUCAUCCAAGGCCGACCGCCAUCAACGAUCGACAUCUAGAGGUAUUGAGCGGAAGCACAAGGUAAAGAGUCGCAAUAGCAGCCGUCGCAGUCGAGGACGCAGUGGUGAUAGGAGUAAGUCAGGUGUGAGGUCACCAACAUCGCCAUUACCAAUGUCACCUGCAGAGGAUAUGAGAGGAUUUGAAGAUAGCCUUCGCUUUGUUACUAGUGAUCGUGAACGACUGCAUCGGUCCCGACAGCGAAGUUCCAGUCGCCGACGUGGUACCAGCAGCGUGAGACGCGACACCUCCCCAGACAAACGGCGUCCCAGAGCUCGAUCAAGCAGUCGUCAGGCUCGUGAACCCAAUCAGUCGGUAGAAACUCCUUCCGAGGUUAUUUUAUCAAACGAAUCGUUCGUUGAAGAGUCUUCGCGACCAGAAUUCUCUAGUACUUCCAACAUGGUUUUGAGUGCGCACGAGCGGGCAAAGAGGGAACUGGCAGCAGCAGAACUCGAGGCUCGCCGACUCUCACUAGCUCGUCGCCCUUCUGCUCCUAAGAUUCCACAUCCUGGUGACUUUCAGACGGCUGCAAUGAUGUCUGCUGUUGGUGGGAAUUUGCCGGAAAGCCCUCCUUCGUCAGGCGGUUCUUUCAACAAACGGAUUCGGUCUAAAAGCAACGCCAGCAAGAGGUCACCAACUUUUGCGAAUGGGUCUGAUUCUGGUUCAUCUACUCGUGGGCGUUCAGGUACCGUCGGCUUACCAGCCACACCAAAGGCAAUGCGACGACCUAAAUAUAGUGAUGGAUACGUUGAUGGCGAGGCACCAGCCAUGCCAGAGAUACCUCUAACGCUUCCGAGCACGGUCUAUCAAGAUGAAGCUGCUAAGAUCAGCCGGUCCAUGUCCGUUCCAGUGGUGGAGUUUCACCAAACACCCGUUCCCGCCGACCUUCCACAUCAUCCAAGGUUUAUACCCAGCAUGCCGCGGAGCAGAUCAACUAGCAGGACUCGAGGACCAGGGCCUCGGGGCCAUCGACGUGAGAACUCUUCAGAGCUUGGACAGUCAACUUUUGGAUCCCCUCCGUCAGUUUCUGUGAGCAUUGAACCUGAUAUUAUCGUGGACAAUACGAAAAUCGUUCCACCAAUACUUCCAGAACUACAGCAUUUGACGACGCCUCCCCCACCACCACCUGCUCCUAACGCCGGAACGAGAGGUAGAGAUAUUGAGUCCAGCCAGAUCAUGACCGAUAAUUCUCGCGCCGGGUAUGAACUUGCAAGGCCAAUGACGACCGGUGCCGAUGCACAGUCCAUGCGCAGAAUGUCAGUUGACCAUCGACGAGGUCGCAGCAUUAAUGAGACUUUUGCGAGCAAAUUCAGAAACUUUACAGGUCGAAUGCGCAGUACCAGUCGUGGUCCUGGUGUACAGUCUCCACCGACAGAAUCAUUUGAUAAGAAUGCUUCUCCGUACGAGAGUGUUACAAUAGCAAAAGACUGAUCUCGUUUUUUCACUCCUUUUUUUUUGUCAUGUUUCGUUGCUCUGUCUUUUUUCUUCUAUUCUAUACUAACUAAUUGUACGCGCACGAAGUUACGAAUCUCUUUAUACUUUGAAUAUCCUAUUUGAUUAUCCGUGCUGUACGAUUAUUCCCAGCUUACUUUAUGCAUCUUUUUACCUUGUUUCGUUCAAUUUGUUUCCACAAGGUACUUUGUAUCUUCUUUUCUCUCUUGCCCCUAAUCUACAACUAUAAAUAUCCAGGAGACUUCUCGUUGUUUCCUUUCGCCUUGCUCAUUCCGCUUGUUUGUUGUUUGCCCUUUUUUUCCCUUCUUUUUUAAUCUCUCUCUCUCUCUCCUCUUUUCAAGAAUUGGUUUUCUUGAGAAAAGAACGUUUAUAGUGUAGCCCGCGAGGGCGAUUACAAUGGGGAGCGUAAUGACUUGGUCCUAGCUAUAUAUACAAUUAUACAUGUGGUUAGUUCCGACUUUGACUUGGUAG